AUGCAUGUACUGAAAACACUCUCAGCUGCCCCGGUGUUGCCGCUCCUCGCAGGAUGCUCCACGAUUGCGCUUCUGGUGUCUUUCUUCAUAUUGUACAGAUUGACCAAUGUUCGAACCAUCUCGGUGCCAUUGAAUAUCACGUUGACAAUCUCCUUGUUCCUACCGUUGAGCACAACAUACUUGUUGCCCAUCGAUAUGGCGACGCCUUCCAGCUCGGCGACGAUAAGUAUUCUUUGGAAAACAAAUUACUGGAUUACCUAUGUCUCGACAUGGGUGAUCUUGCCGUUCUGGCAAUACUUCCUCAGCUCGGGCCAGUUCACACUCCUCAAUCGGAUCAAAAAUUCGGCAUAUUCCGUGCUGAAGUUCUUGUUUCUCCUCAUUAUUGUUGGACUACUGUUCCUUUUCUACGUACUAUUGUACCACCGGGAUGCGCUCGAUUUCAAAUAUCUCAAGUCACUAUUGAUAACCACCUCUCAUAUCUACUCGUUGACAAUGGCAAUAUGGUUGAUGGCUCAUGGGUUGAAUCACCUGCCUAAAGCAUUUUGGAUGACAUCCUAUUCCAAAAAGUUGCAUCUCGAUUACAUUAAGUUACCUGAACUUCAGAUCCACCUGGAAGACUCGAAAUUCGAGCUCCGUGAUGUUUGCAACAAAAUAAACUCAUUGUAUGAGAUACUAGAUCUGAAUCCAAGCUUGAACUCAGAGUUAGACGUUUCUUUAAGAGAUCAUAUAUUGUAUUUGCAUGCCAAAAUCCCAGAAGAAUUCAAACUCGAUAGAAACCUCCGUAGCAGCAACAACAAUUACCAGUUUCUGAUGGACAGUAUAGGAGUCUCGACGAAUGAGAUUGAUGAUGUUUUCUUAUCUAAGUUGAACGAAGAUUUGAAAUGGAAAGUCUGGGACUACAAGCACUCUAAAUCCAUUUUUGAGCACAAAGUCCUGGAUAUCGUCUAUCUCGAAGACGUCAUCAACUACAUGAAUAACUCUUCCUUCAACACAUCAUUCGACAAUGCCAACACAAGUUUGGAAAUUGAAUGGAGAAGCUAUAAAAUUUGCUGGCCACGUUGGGUGUUUGUUUACAUAUGGCCUUUAUUGUACAAGUUAAUUGCAGUAGGAUUUGCAAUAAUAGGUCUGGUAAUAAUCGAGAGCGAGAUGAUGCAUGGAACAAGAUUAUCAGUCAUGAGUUGGAUAAUACAGAAUACAAGUACGCUCAGUUGCUUUAAAAUGGUUGUGAUUUUGAUUAUAAUGAUGUCAUGUGCUCUGCUCAGCUUGGGGAUGGUGAAGCUUUUCAACAUUUACAAAGUUGAGUUCAACUCCAACUCUGAUCCGGUGAGUUCAGUCUUUUUCAUUAGUUAUGCAUUACGUUUGACGAUUCCCUUAGGAUACAAUUUCUUGAUGUUGUUAGAUACCUCUGUCACAUCCAACUCCGCAUUCUUGAAAUUUGUCAGUGGAAAUUUGGAAUUGAUCAGAAUCGGUGACUUACUCAAUGAUAUUAUUCCGAGAUUAAUAUUGGUGCCUGUUUUGAUGAGUUUCUUUGGUGUCUGGGGGAAAUUAAGAAGAUGGCUAGAUGGAUACUUUUUAUUCGAUUAUAUUCUUGAGGAAAUGGAUUUUGAGGACGACACUACUGAAAGACCAACUGAUUUGCGUGCAAACAAUGACAUCGAAUCAGUUGUAGGAAGUACGGACAAAACCGCAGCGUUAUUACAGGAGGGAAGAACAAUUUCACAGAGAUACGUUUCUAACGGAAAUUUACAAUUAAAUGAUUCUUUACCAAGAAUUUCUCCACCAUCUUCCUCAAUGUCGACUUCUCAAUUUGGCCGAAACGCUGUAGGAAUAUUCACAUUUCCAUUUAGAUUGGUAAAGGCCGCAGUUGAGAGUGCUGGUGGAUUAUUUGGGAAACUGUUUGGAAGAAGUAGGGACAACCAGGGUUUAGACUCAAGCAUCGACGGGCUGCGAGCAUACAAUAUCCCGUCAGCAGGCGGGUUUGUGCUUGAAUCGCGCAGAAACAGUCAAGCAAGUGAACAAAGUCGACUUAGUGGAAAUAGUGGGCUAAGUGGAGUCAGUGGGUUAAGCGGAGAAAGCGGAACCGAGUAUGAUGCUGACAACAGGGUUCUUGGAGAUGAGUACAUAAGCAACAUUCAUUAG